AUGUCGUUCAGAUCAUUGCUUUUCGCUACUCUCCUCUAUACACUGUUUUCACAUGUGGCGUCUUCAGCUCUCACUGUGAGGAACCUGCCCGGAAAGUCUUCUGAGGAGACCAUCACCGAGGUUCGAAGACGGCUGGCCAGUGUAAAAAGAAAUGGCACAGACGUCUUAUUCGACAAUUCGACUUCGUUUUCUCUAGAUUUUGAUGGCGUGACGAUUUUUAAGUACCCAUUUGACUCAAGCGACUCAAUCAUCUCCAUCACAUGCACAAAAUGCUACUUCACCGGCCAUGCCAGCGCAAAAGUCACGUCCAAAGGCUCCAUCAACGCCACCUCGACCAUGGACCAAAUCGAAGACAGCUUCAAAAGCGUAUUCAACAACAUCGAAACCUAUGCCGAAAACGUCAUAGACACCUUCAAGGAUGAUUUAGAGGACGGUAAAAGUCUCUCAAAGUCAUGGCAAGAUGUCGAAGCCCUUCCUCCGCCCGACAUUGACUUCAAUCUCGACCUAAAGUUCCCAGAGUACCAUGUAGACGUGAACCUCACAGACGUGGAGAUUUACAUGCAGAUUGACACCGUUCUGGCAGACGGCAUCACGUACACGUUCAACAUCUACCAGUCCAAGACACUGGCCGGUGUAGCACUCGGCAACGGGCUGCUGCUGGGUGCCGUCUUCUCAGUUGAUCUCAUCUUCAGCGUAAAUGGCCAGAUUGACAUCCAGAGCGGCUUCCACAUUCACUUUGACAAAGUCCGGACUCAGAUUGAGCUCUUUGGCAAAGAAGCCUCAGAGUUGGACUUAAGCUGCAGUGACGGCGGCAAGUUUGCAUUCCUCCCCGUAUCAAUCCAAAGCGGCAACGUCGUCCUCGAAGCCGUCCUCCGCCUCGAAGCCCGCCUCGGCAUCUCCCUGCACGAUUUCCCCUCGCCAAACAAGGAUCUCGACAUCGGCGCAGGCGUCGAAGCCCGCAUCUUCGCCAACAUUGCCGAGUUUGUCACAAACAUCACUCUCGGAGAAGUUGAUUCCCUCAAGAAGAGAGACGACGACAGCGACAACUGCCGAUUGAGCAUCGCCCAGGCCUACACCUUUGGCAUCGGUGCCGGUGCAGGCGCCUCGCUCGUCGUCAUGAGCAACACAUGGGGUCCCACGCCCGAAACCCAAAUUCCCAUCUUCUACACCACGUUGGCGCAGGCCUGCGUAGUGACGAGCACAACUGACACAAGCACAAUCUCUGCCACGACGACGAAUGCUAUUGCGAAGCGCUCCGUGACAAGCACAGUCACCACAGAGACUCAGAUCGCAACCGUCUGCGCCUCGCCCGGCCUGAUCAACUGCCCUGCCUCGCUGCAAAGCCUGACCAAGAACUUGGUAACAAGAACACUCACAUCAAGCGUCGCAUCCGGCGCGCCUGUUGUUUGGUCCACAGGCCCAACAUCCACUUUCCAAAAGGUCGAUUUCCCAACUGAUGCCGUGACGAUGACGAGCUCAUCCGGAAAGCCAAAGUCGUAUACUCCCCCUCCACCGCCGCCAACCACUACUGCUUCAUCAUCUUCAUCAUCAUUACCAAAUGGCUCAGACGCUUCAUCAGGAGCAAAGUCUGGAAAGCACCGCGUGAGCAACGCCGUCAUUAUUGGCGUCAGCGUCGGUCUCGGUGUGCCAGUCCUCCUUGCCGUCAUCGCAGCAAUCAUAUAUUUCGUCCGUCGAAACCGCAAGUCACCGCUCACACUACAACCUGCUGACACCGAUCCCGUAAUGACCAAGGCCCAGCCCGUCGUGACCACUUACACAGCAGUCCGCCCAGAGGAUGAUCUAUAA